GUGUGUUUCACGUGACCACUCAGAGAGCCCGUACGCCUCUGAAGCAGCAGCGGACUCUGGAAGCAAAGGAAACACAGCAGUUUGAGCUCAGUAGCUGCCGAAUAACUUUCACACAGUUGGAGUGGUCGCUGCUCAUUGUUCCAAAGAUGUUUUCACUCGGGGAGAAAAUUGAGUUUCUCAUAGGAAACCCCUUUUCGACGCCUGUUGGUCAGAGAAUCGAGCGAGCGACCAGCGUCUGUCUGCAGUCGGAGGACUGGGGGAUCAACAUGGAGAUCUGUGACAUCAUCAACGAGACGGACGAGGGGCCCAAAGAUGCAGUCAAAGCUAUCAAGAAGAGAAUCGUAGGAAACAAGAACUUCAGAGAGAUCAUGUUGGCCCUUACUGUUCUCGAGGCCUGUGUGAAGAACUGCGGCCAGCGCUUCCACAUUCUUGUGUCGUCACAGGAGUUUAUUGAAGGAGUUUUGGUGCGAUCCAUUCUGCCCAAAUAUAACCCCCCCACUGCCCUGCAUGACCGUGUGCUGAGCCUCAUACAGUCGUGGGCAGAUGCGUUUCGAAGCUCUCCCUCCCUGGCGGGGGUGGUGUACGUAUAUGACGACCUGAGGAGACGCGGUCUGGAGUUCCCCAUGACAGAUCUGGAUGCUCUGUCCCCCAUACACACUCCCAAUAGGAGUACCCCAGAAAAUGAGACUCCUGAAACAGCCCCCGCUGCCGCUCCCACACCUCAGUCAGAACCACAACCAGCUUCCAGUGUCCCCCCUCAGAGUACUUCCCCUCCGGACCAGAGGGGUGAGGGGCCGGGCUCCCUCUCUGCACAACAGGAACAGAAGCUACGAAGUGAGCUGGCGCUGGUGAAGGGGAACCUCACUGUGAUGUCAGAGAUGCUGAAUGAGAUCUCGCCUGGGCAGUGCAAGCAAGAUGACAGAGAGCUGCUACAGCAGCUGUACUCGGUGUGUAAGAACAUGCAGAGUCGAGUGGUGGAGCUCAUCCCCCAGCUGCUGGAUGAAGGGUUCAUUGGAGAGCUGCUAGUGAUCAACGAUGACCUCAACAACGCCUUCAUCCGCUACGAGAGGUUUGACAGACUGAACAAGGCUCAAGUGUCAAAUAGCCCACAGCAGAGCUCUAGCACCACCACUAACCUCCUGGACCUCAGCGCUGAACCCCCCUCUCUCAGCCAACCUGCUGUCAUCACAACAACCAGCCAAUCAGCAGACAGCGCUCCCGACAAUCAACAUCAAUCAGCCAACCACAAAGAGGAGGAGGAGUUUGACAUGUUUGCACAUACAAGAGGAAGCUCCCUGGCUGACCAGAGGAAAAGUGUCAGGUAUGAGGACCCAGGGGCUGUGGAGGGCCUCGCUGGAGCUCUGGACACCAGGUUGCAGGUCACAGGAGGGGUGGCGCCAGCAAAAAACUCCCUGCAGAGUGAUGUUGACAGAUGUAAUGAUAUGGAAGAACACUCUUCAGUUAGCGAGGGGGUGUCCAGUGAAGAGUUUGAUAAGUUCCUGGAAGAUCGAGCCAAGGAAUCAGACCACAGCGCCCCGAUGAUUCGCAGCGUACCCGCCUCCACAUCGAGACCUCCUCCACAAUCUGCCCGGCAACAGGAAAGAUCAGACCAGCUUUUCUCACUUUGAGUGCGAGGACAAAAAAAGAGGCGGGUGGAUGUGAAGGUCAACCUAAACGCAACAUUUCAUUGAAAUAUAAUCACACACAUGCUGUGUUAAGUCAGGCUUUCUUAAAAGAGCGCACACACACAAACAUAUUUCAGACCUGACGCCUAAUCAACUAAAAAUGCAAUAUUUCUUAGUUCAUGCCUGCUGUUUGUGUCUUAAUGUAACUAUAUGUAACUGUAUUUAUAAGGUGUAUUAUUAUGUUGAUGUAAAGAAAACUUAAAUUAGAAGUGUUUACAGUAUAUGUUGAAUGUAUUUGAUAUUACGCCAUGACGUGCCUUUGACAGCUGAUUUUCCGUAGAUGAGAAUAAAUGGGGUUAUUGUCCUACUAACCUUUA